UUUAACUUGAAAACUAUAAGCCAUGACUUUGAACAAACUCUCUUCUAUAAUUUUAGUGUUUUCUCUUCUUUCUUACUCAACAUUCACGGAUGCCACCGAUGGCUCUUCACCAUCACCAAACUCAACACCAAUUGCUGCCUCACCUUCACAACAAGGUCAAUGCCCCAUAGACAAUUUAAAGUUAAGGGAUUGUGUUGGUCUUUUAGGGGUGAUUAAUUAUGGAAAUCCACCUUUUGGUGGUAAAUGUUGUGCAUUAAUAGAUGAUUUGGUUGAUUUGGAAGCUGCAACUUGUCUUUGUAUUGCACUUAAGGCCAAUGUGCUUGGAAUCAAGGUUGAUAUACCUAUCAACCUCAGCUUAAUCCUUAGUGCUUGCAAAAAAACAGUUCCUCCAGAAUAUAAAUGUGUCUAAGGAUUUAAAAUAAGUUUUGUGUGGUUGUUGAAUAAGCAUGUAUAUGCAUUAUAAAAGUUGUUUGUGAUAUGAUAAUGGUUAACAACAUGUUCUCUAACAUUUUGCAUUAUUAUUGGUUGAAAUUCGGAGCUACAUCCAGUUUAGAAAUGUGACCAACAUGAACUAAAAAAACUCAUGGAAAUUUCAACCAAAUGUUUUGUAAAAUGAGUGGAUUGAGUGUGUUGUCAACAUAACAUUUUAAUAAUAAUAAUAAUAAUAUUAUUAUUAUUAUUAUUAUUAUUAUUAUUAUUAUUAUUAUUAUUAUUAUUAUUAUUAUUAUUAUUAUUAAGAAGGUGUUUCGUCAAGUUAAUAAUUGAGCAAGCUUGUUUUCUUAAAUUAUU